AUGCUCUCCAUCCUCUUGGCCGCCCUCGCCCUCGGCGGCUCCUCCUCCGCCGCUUCUACAACCACGUCCGGCCCUACCACCACCUCGACCGAACUAUCCUUCGCCUUCCCCGCCGCCAACACGGGUCUCUACGUCCCCACCGCCGGCGUCAGCGGCAAAGUCUGGAACGUGACGUCGUCCACCACCACCGUCGUCUUCCACUGCCCGUCCGACACGGCCUCGGCAUCCGGCAACGACACGGCGGGCGCCCUGUGCGCCGACGACGGUGACGGCCCCGUCCAGGUCGAGUGGUCCGACGACUACUGGUCCAUGGGCUUCUACCAGUCCGUCGGCACCCGCGACUUGGCCCCGCGCACCACGCUGGCCGCGCCGGUGACGGUCGGGUACGAGGAGCACUGCGCCAUCACCGCGGCCAAGACGACCAACAGCCCCGUGUGCACCGUCAACUUCACGAGCAUCCCCAGCCCGGUCAAGACGGCCGACAUCCUCGCCUUGGAUCGCUGCUGGGAGGAGGACGUGGCCGGGCCCAUGAGCGACGUCCAGCAGGGUACUUAUAAUACCGCCUCGGUGGACGCCUGCCAGUCUUCCGCAUCGGCUCAUCCGACCACCGCUUACACUGUCACGCGCAACCCCGACUAUGUCAGGUACUGGACCGUCACCGUCACCGAGGUUGCUGCUGGCGUGACUCUUGGGUCGAGCAGUGCUGCCUCUGAUACGAUGACCGUACGUCUGUCGGCUGCUGCCGUCGUCGUCGUUGCCAUCUUUGCUGUUGCUUUGUAG